AUUUUAAAUACAAAUGAGUCAAUAGUUUCAUAGGGGUUUAGGAGAUCUAUAUCAACAAACUAACGGAAUUUCCAAAUAUAGACGUGUCUCCACUGUAAGUCACCCUGCUUAUCAAGGAUGUGGUAAGCUUUUACAGACAGCAGACAGUUAGCUCUAUGCUACAUCUGAACGGCUCUUUAACAUACAUAUUUUUCAUUUUCCUGCGCACAAUUUACAGUUUGCCAUGGCCAAGGUUGUAUUACAUUAUUUCAAUGGGAGGGGGAGAAUGGAGACAAUUCGAUGGCUUCUAGCUGUGGCUGGUGUUGAGUUUGAAGAAGAGUUUAUUACAGACCCUCAGCAAUAUGAAAAACUAGUCAGUGAUGGAGACCUUGUGUUUGGGCAGCUUCCAAUGGUGGAAAUAGAUGGGAUGAAGCUGGUUCAAACCAAAGCCAUUCUGAACUACAUAGCUGGGAAAUACAAUCUGUAUGGAAAAGACCUCAAACAGCGAGCAAUGAUUGACAUGUAUUCUGAGGGAGUAAGAGAUCUCAUGGAAAGGUUUUUGGUCCUGUGCAUAUUGUCACCUGCAGAAUUAAAGACUAAGUUGGAGAACAUUCAAGCAAAAGCUACAGGCCGCUAUCUCCCUGUGUACGAGAAGGCACUCCGUGGCUCCCAGUACCUUGUUGGUGACCAGCUCAGCUGUGCAGACAUGCAUUUGCUGGAGGCCACAAUUAUGUUGGAGGAGAAAUUCCCUGAGAUUCUCACAAAUUUCCCAAAUGUUGAGGCUUUCCAGGGGAGGAUGAAGGACCUACCAACCAUCCACAAGUUCCUGCAGCCCAACAGCAUGAGGAAGCCACAGCCUGAUGAGGUCUACGUUGCAACAGUGAAGAAGGUGUUUCACAAGUUAUUCAGUUAAAGGAUAUGUGUUCCUUAAUCCAGUUACUGCUUCAUUGUAUUUCACAUGUUUCACUGCAAUGUAGACAUAGGCUACAUUUCCAUUUUAUUGACAAGUAACAUGUUUAACUGCAAUAUGAACAUUUUGGGGUAAAGUCUUUAUAAUAAAAC